UGAGCAAAUGUUAAGUGGUAUGGUUCAGGAACUUACAAAAGGAAGCUAUAAAAUCAAGUAUCAUGCAGAUGGGAUUGAUAAGGAUCCUAUUGAAAUUGACUUCACUCCACCAUUCAAAAGGAUUGACAUGAUUGAAGGAUUAGAGCAGAUAGCAGGCCUCAAUAUUCCCAAAGACUUGUCGAGUGAUGAAACUAAUCAAUAUCUGAAGGAUGCCUGCUUGAAGCAUGGAAUCAAAUGCCCUCCUCCUGAAACAACUGCUCGUUUGUUGGAUAAAGUAAUCUUAUAUCCUGUCCCCCUCACUGUUUUGAGUAUAUUGUCCCUCAUUUUUAAUUUUUUCUUUUUAUGUGAAGGUUGAUUAUAUUUUAUUUUUCUUUUAUUUUGUGGGAGUGUUUAUCAGUGUUAUUUCCAAUGGUAUACUUUGAAGUUUUACGAAUGA